AUGAACACUUAUGGUCCCACUCCCGCAACUGCUGCUGAGCUAAACACCGAGCAUACUAGCAGCACCGAUGCUGCGCUUUCUAGUCCUGAUCACGAGGACCCACGACAUCUCCAAAUCUUCAAAGAGCUCGCCAGCACUCUCUCAAUGGUAGGAGCACAAAUCAACGGCGCAGUUGAGUCCGACGGCCUCGUGGCGUUCGAGGGCACAAACUACAAUGCUGUCUCGCCGGAAGAAACCGCCAACAUCCUCAGUUUUGCGUCCAACGUGUCUCUAAUGACUCACGAACUGGACCAGGCGAUCGCAGAUCUAACGGGUUUCAAGACAAAACUCCUGAACACCGCGAACGCACGGAAAAGGUUUAUUUCUGCUGUUGGACGCCUACCCGUCGAAAUUCUAUCCGAGAUCUUCAUCUUGGCCCGGUCUAGACAGAAGACUGACCGUGAUCAUUACUUUGGCACGCUUCAUGAGGGGUUUGAUGUCUCUUUUAACGCGGCACAAGGGAAGCUAAUUGACUUCCGCCUCCUGCAUAACUGGGAUUUGCGCAGUUCUGGCGCUUUCUUCCAGUACUCAGGCAUCAAGCGUCUCACGCUGGGUUCGAUCAUUAGCGGAGCCUCGUUAUCGUUAGCGACUUUCCCGGCUGUGAAGGAAGUUGCGCUCGCUCCCAACGACGAGAGAGAGGAGCGUCUGUCGGACUUCAUGACUCGCUCAAGGUGCCACCUAAUUUGCAUCACUUUCAUUAUCCCCGGCUUCUCAAAGGACUCCCUCAAUCAUGCUGCCGCUCGAUGGAAGUUAGAUGGGGACAAGAUUGGCGAGCUGCUUGGGGUCCCGGUCAUUGAAUACGCUGAUUCUUGCUUCCGGAUCCAGAUGGUUCGAGACGUAAAGGCGGAAUGGUACGAGCGGGAGUACAUUCCGAGCCUUCAAGUGAAUAGUGACGACCAGGAGGGCACAGAGUCUGACGGUUCACUGGAUUGA